AUGGCUAAGAAGGGCGGCGGCGCUGGGGAGAACAGCAAGAAGGCUGCCGGGCAGGCCCGAAAAGCUGACGCUGCGGCCAACAAGAAGGCGGCCGAGGAUUCUAAGAAAGCUGCAGUAGAGGACGCGGAAUGGUCCAAGGGCUCGAAGAAGGCCAGCGCCAAAAAGGAGGAGGCGGAGGCCAAGAAGGCGGAGGCCGCGCGAAAGAAGGCCGAGAGAGAUGCGCUGCUCGCUGAGGAGGAGAAGAGCCUUCCUGGCAGAUCGGCGCCCAAGAAUGCCAAAUCUGCUCAGAAGAAGACCAACAGGGGGCUUGACCUGUCACAGCUUGACUCUGAUGCCCCGCUGAGUGCCUUGAACGCAACUGGCAUUGACAAUGCCCUGGACGCGCUUGAUAUCACGACCGAUGAUAAUAAGGCCAAGAUCGAUCGUCAUCCUGAAAGACGAGUCGCAGCAGCCAGAGCAGCUUGGUUGGAGGCCCUCGAGAAAGACUGGGAAGCUGAAGGAGUCUUGAAGGAGAAGAAGAAGUAUCGGGGCGCUUACCAAAAGGAGUUGAUCAAGUUGUGGAAGAAUGCGCCUGAAAACCCCAUGAACCAAGUCAGCGCUAAUUAUAAUGCGACGCAGGAAGAAAUGGCUGAAAUUCGGGCUCAGGAGAAGGAUAAGGUUGAGAACAGACUCGUGGACUACCUCGUAGCAAUCGCGUCUAAACUUAUGAUGUCCUCACCGAAUGAGCCGGGGAAUCACGCCUGGCUUCGAACAGUGUCAUCCCAUGCCUCAGUCGAAAUUCGCACCCGCAAUUUCGGAGCGAAGCGGAACAAAGCUGUCGAGACAUCAGAGUUCUGGUUUACAACAUUGACUCAGCUGAUCAUGUCGAGCUCGCGAGUUCAUGAUUUCCUCAUGGAGGCCGGACUUGCGGCCUGUUUGGGCGUCCCGCACGUAGGCGCCCAGGUGGAUCUGCUCAGCGGUUGGGCGGAUGUAACCCUGUGGCACAGCGCGAAACAGGUCAAGGAUGAGGAUAGCUUCACCUUCCUGCCGAUGGGCCUCUGCGAGCAGUGCCAGUCCAUGUCAUCGAAAGUCCUAGUCCUCGGCAAAAACACAGUCUUCCACCACAAUCACGAGACCUUUGGGAAAGCUGUCUUUGACAGCAGAUGUUAUCUCUGCUACCAGGUGUGGGACAGCCUCAAUGAAGAGCAGAAGGGAGUAGCUAGUCGUCCUGACUUUGAGGGAAUCGACUACGAGGUCUCGUUGGGGAAAGUCAGUUACGGGGAAGACGGCAGGCAGGAGCCGAUCCUGGCGACUUUCUCUUUCAAGCACGGGGAAGACUUGUGGAAUUGUGAGGAGUACAAUGAUGUUGGUGGAGCGUUCAUGGACUACGCUGGGAAAUUUGCUAUACUGAAUCCCUUCUUAUUUCCAGCGCAAGAUGCUCCAAGGCUGGCGGAUCGUACCAACCAUCCGUCUUGCUGGGAGACGGUGUCAAUGUGGAUUGACAACUGCUCCAAGCAUGACAGCUGCAGGGAAUUGCAGCAACCGCUAUGGCUGCCAACAAGGCUAGUCGAUGUUAUAGAAUACGAAAUUGGACGCGUGCGAAUUGUAAAAUCAUCCUCCCUGCCUCGAGGGCUCGAACACUCUUACCUGGCCCUCAGCCAUUGCUGGGGUCGGAAGCCCUUUUUGGUGAUGAGAGAGGAGAACAAAGGGGAGUUUGAGAAAGGCGUGCCCGUCUCAUAUUUGGCGCCGAACUUCCAGGACGCAAUAUCUGUGGCCCAUCGAUUAGGUUUCCGUUACAUUUGGAUUGACUCCUUGUGUAUCACUCAGGGCUCCAUCGAAGAUUGGCGCAAUGAAGCUCCGACGAUGAACCAGGUGUACCGGAACGCGUUCCUCACUAUUGGCGCCAUGGCAUCCCCAGAUGCUCAUGGGGGCCUCUUCAGGAACCGGGACCCGGACAUGAUGGGGCCAUGCCCGAUCAAGAUCAACACAGAGACAGACGGACUCAUGGAGUGUUUAUUGAUAAAGUCUGAUAUAUGGGAGAGCCACGUCAAACAAGCGCCACUGAGCCAACGAGCGUGGGUUGUCCAAGAACGAAUCUUGGCCCCUAGAAGCCUGUAUUUCUGCGAAGGUCAGCUCUUCUGGGAAUGCCGAGAACAGCAUGCUUGCGAGUCAUUUCCCAAAGGAGUGCCACUGGAGUUCAUAAGUGACAUCAAGGAAGUCACGGCCGCCGAUGUUGUCCCUAUCAAAGCAUUCGAAAGGGCUGUAAAGCAGGCCAAUGCCCUUGACUCGUGGGCAAACCGCAUGGCUAACGACGAUGAGCCCUGGGUCAACCGACAGUAUGAAGACGCAUAUCAGGUGUGGAAUGAUAUAUUGGAGUCGUACGCCAGAUGCGCGCUCACUAACCCAAGCGACAAGCUUGUUGCCAUAUCCGGAGUGGCCAAGGACUUCGCGAAGGCCAUUGACGAUGAGUACCUUGCUGGCUUGUGGAGGCGAAAUCUCAUCAAUGAUCUUCUCUGGACGGCCACAUCCGAGUACAUGGACGAGCGUUUACCCGCCAUCCGGCCAGAAGUAUAUCGAGCACCUUCGUGGAGCUGGGCUUCCCUAGACGCCCCCUCCACCAAAACGCAAGGUGGAUAUAGUAUGUACGGCGAGUAUACCGAGGUUCUGGAUGUUGGCAUUGAGCCUGCGAGCGACGACACAACAGGGGAGCUGAGACAUGCUUGCCUGCAUCUCAAUGGGCAUCUCAUCAAAUUGCGGCGAAAACCUGUGCGCCACGACGGUUAUCGAUACUUCGGCAGAUUCACUCCCGAUGUGGAAGACUUUGAAGGUGAAAAGUUCUUUUGUCUUCCGUUGCGAGAAGAUGUUGUUGGUGACAAGCCGUUUCUAAAGGGGUUGGUACUGACUCCAAGCCUGGAGGAUGACAAGGAAAAGAUGCCUUCUUGCAGCAAAUGUGCCGGACAAGUCACGAUGAGGCGAGUCGGUAUCUUCAGAUCUGAACAGGGCGAUCCACUCCAAUAUCUAUCCAUGACUAAACCUGACGACUGGGCUGAAUGGGGCGAUGAGAGCGAUCAUUUGUGGUUUCCUGAAGAUGCAGAUAUUUGGCAUAUCACAAUUGUUUAA